AUGGAAAGUAGGCGAUUAGCAGAGGAAGGAGGGCAGGGGGGACCCGGCUCUCCUUCUGGGGAGAUGGCGGGUGGAAUGUCUUCUGCUGACGACUUGCAGCACCACAUCGAAUGGGCUCAGAGAAUCCUCGACGAUCGCACCCUUGUGCCGCUACAGCAAAAGAGGGUUCAGGAUAAGCCUCAUAGUGUACUGCAUCUUCUUUGGGGUGCAGUGCUUGUGCUUCUCGUCAUAUUUGUGCGCCGGCUGCCCCGCUUCCCGGGUGUUAUUGUGCCGCAGCGCUUGGAUCAGGGGGAUCCUUUGAUGUACUGGGAGUCAAAGAGCCUCAUCGGCGAUAAUCCGGAGGAAGGAAUGCAGCGUCGGCUCCGCAACAACCCCCACGUCAUUAAGGGUUUCCUUGAUUUCGCUCAGCUUUCCAGGGACAGCUUGGGCCGCAGGGAUAAGGCGUCCCAGAGGAUUCACAACUUUCAAAAGCAGAUGGUGGCUGCUUUUAGCCCGCUGAUCGUUGUCACAGAUCGCAUGACUUCCUUGCUCAAGCAUUUUCCCCCACAAGCGGACAGCCUGCCGGACAACGCCGAUGAGCUGAGGACACAGUUGCAACACCUGGUGGAAGAGGAGAAUGCCGCAUCGGAUAGUAAGGAUGAAAUCCUUGAGGAAUUGAUCACAAGCAAAAUGCGCAAAGAUUUGUAUAGCGAUCCCAUGGUAGCCACUGCCCUGCGUCGUCUAAUGGACAUAGACUCCACGUGCAUGCACAAGAAGAUUGAAAUGCUGGAUUUCUUGACCAAUGAGGCCAUGAAGGCCACAAAUGAGACAUCAGUCAGCAAGAUCAUGAAGAAGGAGCUUCAGUCUCUCGAGAAAAAAUAUAAGGCUGUGGCGGAGGAUGCAGAACGCGAAGCAGCAGCGUGUAUGGCGUUGCUGCCGCCACAGGACCACUGGCUCCUGUUGCUGUUCGUUGAACGUCUUGGAGAGGUUCCAGCCCCCGCAACAACAGCAGCAAAUCCGAACUAA